AUGAAGAAGUCACCGGUAGCAGCUAUGAGUAACAUUCGUGAGGCAGUACGACGUAAGAGUGUCGGUCUGAACUUUACGACAAAUUUUAGUAUCUUUAGUCGUAGUACGGGUUUUGUGGGUGAAGAUGAUCGCUCAGAGCAUGGCACGGGGGAAGAAGGAGACGAUGAUAAUGAUGAUAUGGAGAGCAGUAACUAUGACCGAUCAAGACAGGAUUCAACACCUGGUGAAGAUGAUGCAGACAGCAGUACGUCACCAGCUGUGAGUUCUCAUAGUUCAUAUGUGGAACCACCAGAGCCUCCUUUACCUCCUCCUGGUGGUUUGCUGGAAGCAGCGACGAAGAACGUUCAAGGCAAGAUGCAAACACUUAUGGAAACGCUUCACGAAAUUACGACGUCUCAUGACGACGAAACAAUCCAGUGUAGUGUUUUUUUAUCCAAGACAGCGUUGUUUUCAGAUCGACUUGUAAUAUUUGUUGGAGACAGUGAUGGAUCUCCGGCGGGAAUAUGGAGUGCGCGGCUUUGUGUGCGCUCUGGAUCGGAAGGUGGUGGUAUCUUUAAGGGAAGUUUGGGAUCGAUGCUGCCGUAUUUAAUCAAGGCAAAGGAAGACAAGUUUGGUAUUGUACUGUUUGACGACGUCUUUAAGGAUUUGAUGCAAACUGGAGAAAUUGAUAUGAGAAGUGCAGUCCAGCGAUUUAUGACGGGCUGGCGCAACCAUGUGCUGACCUCUCGAGCUACACACGUAUUCGUUGUGGCAUACCGAGAUGGUGGCACUCUGUUUGUGGAAGCACUGCGAUCGCACAUGAAAGAGAUGCAGCGUCACAUCAGUGGUGUCGCUUUUUUGCAGUCUACGCAUCAUAUCUCGUCAGACGAUUCGUACACGUUGCGGAAAAUGAUAGCUCAGUGGUGUAUCGCGUAUUUGUCGUCUGAUGAAGGUGUUAAGACAUUAAAGCGCAUGAAGUCGAGAGAGACUCCGUUGGGUUGUGUGGUUUUGUCGGCUGGUUCCGUGGAAUCGGACGUGGCUUUGCUGCAGCUGGUUGUUUCAUCAGUGUACGCAAGCUUUAAGGCAAGGUGGUCAGGUUUCCGUGUGAAAAACGUAAAUAGUGGCAUGGAAAAGUCAUGUUACGCAUGCAAAGGUACGUUUAACAUGCGUCGUUGGCGCCGGCACUGCCGCACAUGUCAAAAUCCAUGCUGCGAAAAGUGUUCAUCCACAGAGAACACGCGCCACGAGGGUCAGGUGCGUCUUUGUUUGACGUGCAGAUCGCUGCCGUCGCUUAUCCAUUGGUCUCGACCGCGUGCUGUUCGCACGGGUGAAAAGGAGAGUGUAUUUAGUGGCCAUUUGAAUCGCGCGAUUGCCAAAAUGCGCGAGGCACGUGAAGAGCUCAUGCCAGACUCCCCGGUGUCCCUGCCUUCGUCCCCAUCUGAGCAGAAGCACUUUGACCGCUUCUCGUACCAGGGACUUGGCGACUGGAAACCAGAGAUGGCAGACAUGGAAUUUGACGAUGAGACAGGGGACUUCAAGCAAGGCACAAUUCAUGAAGAUGAAGAGUUUGUGGAGGAGGAAGAGUACACGAAAAAGUCAAGCGAUGGUGAUGGCGUACCACUGUCUCCUGGCUCAAAGGCAAAUACAAUGACAUCUUCAAAGACGUCUCCUUCCAAGGCCAAUGGCUUGGACACUCCACCAGCGUCCAGUUCAGCCGCGUCCGUGUCGCCAAGGAGUCCACAGAGUGUUGGUAGUCCUGGUAGUCCAGCGGCUUCGAUACCUUCAACGUCAUUGACGGAGCCGCAGUCUCAGACCAUCUGA